AUGGCAAAUUUCGAUAUGAACUUCGUCAAUCAAGUUUUUCCCACCAAACCUGAUAAGGUCAAGGAAGAGGAAACUGCCAAAGUGGAUGAUUUAUUGGAGGUAAAACGUAAUAGGCGUGCGCUUUUUCAACGUGAAAGACGUAAAAGGAGGAGUUUAGAUCAAGUGUUACUGGACAGAAAGAAGGACGCAGAAAGGAAAAGGGUUCGAAGAUCAAAAAGAACAACGAAUGAAAUUGAACGAGAUCGAAAACACGACGCCGAACGUAAGAAGCUAAGACGAGCUGCCAGAACACCGGAAGAAAUUAGAACUGAUCGUAAGAAAGAUGCCGAUAGAAAGCGACGUAAAAGGGCUGCUAGAACUCAAAAUCAAAUUGAGGAACAAAAGGAAGCAGAUCGUCAGAGAAAACGACUCAAAAGAGCAAGUAGAACGCCGGAACAGAUUCAGCUUGAUCGAGAGAGAGAUGCUAAAAGAAAGAGGAUUAGCAGGGCUCUUAAAGCGGCGCAACGUCACGCUGACAAACAACGCCAGGAAGGGAUUACCGAUACCGCAGCAGCUACUGCCACUGCCAAGGUGGAGCAAAUGCCAGCAACUGAACAAUCUGAACCACACGAUAUAGCCAAUAGCGUAAGUGCAGGUGAUAUGACCUUUCGAACAGAGUAUGUUGAAGCUUACACUGAUCAAGUUAUGCCAGAUUCUUCAGUCAUCGAUAGCAUUGUUGAGAUCUCCAAUAACGGCGAAGAUCAUACCACAACUAUGGAAACCGUAGCUGAAGGUGAUAUUGCCCAAGAUAAAACAACCACUACAGAAGCAGCAGAAGUACCAAAAGGUCAAUCCAAACGAAAAGCACCAAAUCAAGCUGCAGCGAAGAAAGGCAACAAGAAAUCAAUCAAAACAUGA